AAAGAGGAAGAACCAGCUGAAAGCGCAAAGAAGAAGGAAGCAGAGAGUACUGCUGGCGCCACUGCAUCUGUUUCUGAAGCGAGCAUUGCUACCCGCAGUGCAUUAAGAAAAGAAACGAGUACACCGAAGUUAUCGAAAAAAGUUGAAGUGAAGUCAGCAAAACGCCCACUUCGUAAAUCUGAGCCAAAGAAUGCUUCUGCCUCGGCAAGUGUGUCGUCUACGCUUGAUUCCCUACUUGGUGAUGGCGCAAAGGAUACCACGGAGCAACAUCUGAGCCAUUUUUAUGAUGUUAACUGCAGUAUUUGCUUGGCAAAACAGAAAUCACAGGCCGAACAAGAACGAAAGGAGAGAGAAGAGAAAGAGAGGCAACGAUUGGAGGAAAAGAGGUUCAGACAGAUGCUCCCUGUGGAAAAGUGCCUCGCAUACACAAGACAUGAACCGCUGACUCUGCUUGAUUCUGAUUAUAGAAAUGCAAUCAAGAAACCAUCAUACGAGGAAGAGGUCAAACGGAUACAAAGCCCAGAGAGUACGGGUGCAGCUUGUGCGUCGGAUGAGGAAUACGCUGGAUUCAUACGAUGGUGGCCCCGGUGGAGAUUCACCGAUUUUCCAAGAUUCCUACGAUGUAGUCAACGUGGAGCCUCGGUAUGUUCUGUACUAUCUAGCACCUCUCUAUUUUCAGUUUCUAAUGACAGUUGA